AUGUUGUCUCAGAUAAACGAUGUCAACGACAAUCCUCCCAGAUUCGAGGUGUCCGAGCGGAGUGUGCAAGUGCGCGAGAACGAGGCCGGAGCCCUACUCGCCAAACUGGCUGUCAACGACUCGGACACCGGCGACAACGCCCGAUUGCGAUUCUUCAUUCGACCCGCCGGUCCUGGCCGGCCCAAAGGUCUGAGAGACGACACCGGCUUCUACCGACCUGGCGAGGACUUCUUGAGGAAGCACAUUUACCUGACCUCGACUGGACUUGGCGGUGGAGGCGGCGUUGCCGGAGGAGCUGGAACGGUGGAGGUCAGCUCAGCUACGGCCGGAGUUGCUGUACGUGUCAACCAGCCGCUGGACUACGAGCGUCUUCCGAAUGCUCGGUUCACUUUUGACGUCGUUGCCAUCGACUAUGGCACGCCACCGAUGUCGGCCAGUGUGCGCAUGUUGGUCGAGGUGAUCAACGUGAACGACCAUGCUCCGGUUGUCCGGUUCUACCGACAUGGCAAGGCUCUCGAUCCGGAGUAUGCCCAAAUUGAGGCAGGUUUGCACGAUCAUAAACACUCUUCGAGUAAAAGUGUUUAG